CCCUCUUCAGUCCAGUUUAGUUUAGGGGACCCCCACUCCAUUUUGCUUUCUCUCUCUCUCUAUAUUUACUUACUGGUGGCUGUUCACAUGUCGUCGCCGCCGCCCAAGGAGGGACACUACAGGGGAGUACGGAAGCGGCCUUGGGGUCGUUACGCCGCCGAGAUAAGAGAUCCCUGGAAGAAAACCCGUGUCUGGUUAGGAACUUUCGACACUCCAGAGGAAGCUGCCCUUGCCUACGACGGCGCCGCCCGUUCUCUCCGCGGCGCUAAAGCCAAGACCAACUUUCCGGUUCCAACUUCUACUACAGUUGGUGGUCUUGCACUCGACCUCAACCAUAUUCCUUCUGAUCGGAGAUGGCCGGUGCCGCCAUCCCAUCUACUUGCCGGGCUUCAUCGUCACCAACACGAUGAAGUCGUGGGUGGGUGUACGGAUGUGAACAGGCAGAGAUUUAUGCGGCCGACUUCGUCGACGACGGGGACAGUAGGACCGACUAAUUCGGAAGGUGGUCCUGCUUUGGUGUAUUUUGGGAUAGUGAGACGUGGAUUGGCUGUGGAUUUGAAUGAGCCUCCGCCGUUGUGGCUCUGACCUAUUUCAUUUCUUUAAUAAUAAUAUUAUUAGUUUGAGCUUAAUUAGUAUUGUUUGUUUGUUUGUUUGUAAGUUGUUUGACUGUUGUAAAAAAUGGGUCUUACUUUAAUUAUUAGCUUUUUUUUCUAAUCUUCUA